GGAAGUUUUCUCUCAAGAUCAGGAUGCAAUGCCGUUACAACCACAGAAUCAACUCUUUUCUUUUCACCCCAUUUUCUUGUUGCUUCAUCGUCAUGAACUUUGUCAAGCCUUUUGAAGAAAUCAUUCAACUGAAAAGGAAGGUAUCACAAAUGUUAGUAAUUUUUAAAAAUUGUCAUAUUAAUUGGACUUACAUUCUUGGAUCUCCAAGUUGGCACCUGACGAUCCAGCAAUGUUUUAUCGCCGGGAACGUCCUCUUCGUCCGACUGGCAACCGUUUACCAGAACCUUCAAACAUUCAGCGGCCGUUGCGAAAGCAGGUGUUUCCUCGGGAUGGCUUUUGUAGAUGGCCAAUCUACGAGCGAGUUUCUAACAAGAAAAAGGUACUCUUUAGCAUUUUUUUUUAUAUUAUUUAUUUUAAAAGUCUCACUUACUCUGCUUCUUCUCUCCUUGACCCUUUUCUCUGUCCUUCUUGAACUGAGUCACUUCGGGGGGGCUGGCAUCAUUCUUGGCCUUGACCUUCUUGUUGUUCAAGAAGGACAGAAUGACACCUUCCACGAUUUCCUUACCUCUUAUCGUAAACCCAGUCUUAUUUGA